AUGGAGAAUGCUUACACAAAGACGCCCGCUGAGGCGUUGAGGCACUUUCAAGUCGACGAGCACAAGGGUCUUAGCGCACAGCAGGUCCAGAGCUCAAGGGAGAAGCACGGCAAGAAUGCGUUGCCAGAAGACCCCCCGACGCCCAUUUGGGAGCUCAUCCUCGAGCAGUUCAAGGACCAGUUGGUCAUCAUCUUAUUAGGUUCUGCAGCUGUAUCCUUCAUACUUGCCCUUUUCGAGGAAGAGGAAGGAUGGACUGCCUUUGUAGAUCCCGCGGUUAUCCUCACCAUUCUCAUCCUCAACGCCGUUGUCGGAGUUUCGCAAGAAACCAGCGCCGAAAAAGCCAUUGCUGCCCUUCAGGAAUACUCUGCCAAUGAGGCCAAGGUUGUACGCGACGGACACAUUGCACGCAUCAAGGCCGAUGAGCUGGUUCCUGGAGAUAUUGUUUCGGUCACUAUUGGCGACAGGAUUCCCGCUGAUUGCAGGAUCCUUUCUAUCCAAAGCAACAGCUUCAAUGUCGACCAGUCCAUUCUGACGGGAGAGAGCGAAAGUGUGUCAAAGGAUACCAGGGUUGUCAAGGACGAGAAUGCUGUCAAGCAGGAUCAGGUCAAUAUGCUUUUCUCGGGUACAACGGUCGUUACAGGACAUGCAACCGCACUUGUCGUCUUGACUGGCAGCAACACGGCUAUUGGAGAUAUCCACGAGAGCAUUACGUCCCAGAUCUCGCAGCCUACCCCGCUCAAGGAGAAGCUUAACGACUUUGGCGACCAACUUGCAAAGGUUAUUACGGGAAUUUGCAUUCUGGUCUGGGUCAUCAACAUUGGCAACUUCAACGACCCGUCUCACGGAAGUUUUGCCAAGGGUGCCAUCUACUACCUCAAGAUUGCCGUUUCUCUUGGUGUUGCUGCUAUCCCUGAAGGUCUUGCCGUCGUUAUCACAACAUGUCUGGCUCUUGGAACACGCAAAAUGGCUGCUAGGAACGCUGUUGUGCGAAGCUUGCCUUCCGUCGAAACCCUCGGAAGCUGCAGUGUCAUUUGCUCCGACAAGACCGGUACUCUUACUACAAACCAGAUGAGUGUCAGCAAAAUGGUCUUCAUUAACGACUCUGGUAACGGACUUGAGGAGUUUGACGUUGAAGGUACUAGCUUUGCGCCCGAGGGUCAAAUCUCGCUCAACGGCAAGCCCAUUGACAACCUCGCUGCCAAGUUCGACACUGUACGCCAAAUUUGCGAGGUCAGUGCGCUUUGCAACGAAGCUGCUCUCGCCUAUGACUCCAAGAACGGUACAUACAACCUAGUUGGUGAGCCUACUGAGGGUGCGCUCCGUGUCCUUGCUGAAAAGGUUGGUACACCCGACGCUGCCCACAACGCGACCCGCGCCAGCACUUCACCUGAAGACCGUCUCGACUUUGCUACCAAGCACUACGAAAGCCAAUACACUCGCCUGGCCACAUAUGAAUUCUCCCGCGAUCGUAAGAGCAUGUCUGUCCUGGUCAAGAAAGGUGAUGCGCAAAGGCUUCUCGUCAAGGGUGCUCCGGAAUCUAUUCUCGACCGCUGCACAAGUGUUGUUGUUGGCAAGGACGGCAACAAGGCCCCUCUGAGCAGUCAGCUGGCCGGCCUUAUCACCAAGGAAAUUGUCGAAUAUGGUAACCGCGGUCUUCGUGUCAUUGCUGUGGCCUCGGUUGAUGACAUUGCCUCCCACCCCCUCGUUUCAAAGGCCAAGACUACCAAGGAGUACAGCCAGCUUGAACAGAACAUGACUCUGAUCGGUCUUUGCGCCAUGUUGGACCCUCCUCGCCCUGAAGUCCGUGCCUCGAUCGCAAAGUGCCGUUCUGCCGGAAUCCGUGUUGUGGUCAUUACUGGAGACAACCAGAACACUGCCGAGGCCAUCUGUCGUGAUAUUGGUGUUUUUGGACCUAACGAGGAUCUUACUGGCAAGUCGUUUACCGGUCGUCAAUUCGACGAUCUCUCUGAAUCUGAGAAGAUGGAGGCCGCCAAGAACGCCAGUCUCUUCUCCCGCACCGAGCCUACACACAAGUCCAAACUCGUCGAUCUCCUCCAACAGGCUGGUGAAGUCGUCGCCAUGACUGGUGACGGUGUCAACGACGCUCCUGCUCUCAAGAAGGCUGAUAUCGGUGUCGCCAUGGGCUCUGGAACCGACGUUGCCAAGCUUGCCGCCGACAUGGUUCUCGUAGACGACAACUUUGCUACCAUUGAAGGUGCUGUUGAGGAAGGACGCUCCAUCUACAACAACACCCAACAGUUUAUCCGCUACCUCAUCUCCUCCAACAUUGGCGAAGUCGUCUCAAUUUUCCUCACUGCCGCUAUGGGCAUGCCCGAAGCUCUGAUCCCCGUCCAACUCCUCUGGGUCAACCUUGUCACCGACGGUCUUCCCGCCACUGCCUUGUCCUUCAACCCUGCCGACCACGACAUCAUGAAGCGCCAACCCCGCAAGCGUGACGAACCGCUUAUCAGCGGCUGGCUCUUCUUCCGCUACAUGGUCAUCGGAACCUACGUCGGUGCCGCCACCGUCGCCGGCUACGCCUGGUGGUUCAUGUUCAACAGCGAGGGUCCCCAAAUCUCGUUCUACCACCUCCGCCACUUCCACCGCUGCUCUGCUCAAUUCCCUGAAAUUGGCUGCGAAAUGUUUAGCAACUCGUCUGCCCAGGCUGCCUCCACUGUCAGCCUGAGCAUCCUCGUCGUCAUUGAGAUGCUGAACGCUAUGAACGCACUGAGUAGCUCAGAGAGUCUGCUCACGCUACCACUGUGGAAGAAUAUGAUUCUCGUCUAUGCCAUUUGCCUGUCCAUGGCUCUGCACUUUGCACUGCUUUAUCUUCCCUUCUUGCAAGGCCUCUUCAACGUUGUCCCGCUUAAUGGUAAUGAGUGGAAGGCCGUCAUGGCGAUUAGUGCGCCUAUCAUAUUAAUCGACGAGGUUCUCAAGUUCUUGGAACGCAGCUUCUUUAUCCAGAAGGGUAACGAGAAGCUGUAUCCUGUUGAGCAGAAUGGAAGGCCAAAGAAGGAGUAG